GGGGACUACAAAUCAACAUGUGAAGCAGCAGAAGCAAGGGGCAGGACUUGACGUAGCUCGUUUGUGAUGAUGUUGCGUGGUUUUACUCAUUGGAGUAGCCCUACGACGAGAAACACGCCGCUCUGACUCAGACCAAGUCCUCGUGGCAGAGCUUGGCCGACUCUGAGCUACAGUCAGCGGCGGAGGGGAACGAGCCGGGACGGAACGGGAAGCGUAGCACCAGACAACGGGGGUAAAAGCAACACGGAAACAUCCAGUGAAGAUGUCGGCGGUAAAAAAAAGAAACUCAAAUUCUUCUGUAGACAAGGAGGAAGACAAGCAAGUGACAGAGAGGAUGCUGUCACCGGGAAGCCCUAUGGAAACGACAGAAACCGGAGCUCUCGUGCCCGAAGACACUAACGGUAAAGAGGCGGGAGGAGAGGAUGAUGGGGUCGUCCUGAAGCAGACCAUCACUCUGUUAAACGGCGUGGCCAUCAUCGUGGGCACCAUCAUCGGCUCGGGCAUCUUCGUUACUCCCUCCGGGGUUGUGAAGGAGGCCGGGUCCGUGGGUUUAUCCUUGGUGGUGUGGGCGGUUUGUGGGGUAUUCUCGACUGUUGGGGCUCUGUGCUACGCCGAGCUGGGGACCACGAUCACGAAGUCUGGCGGGGAUUAUGCCUACAUCCUGGAGGUGUACGGCUCCCUACUGGCUUUCCUGAAACUGUGGAUUGAGCUGCUCAUCAUACGACCAUCCUCGCAGUAUAUCGUCGCGUAUGUCUUUGCUACAUACCUCCUAAAGCCCCUGUUCCCCGCGUGCCCCGUCCCGGAGGAUGCAGCCAAGCUGGUCGCGUGCCUUUGUAUCCUGCUACUGACCUUUGUGAACUGCUACAGUGUGAAGGCGGCCACCAGAGUGCAGGACUUUUUUGCAGCAGCCAAGCUCCUGGCCCUCGCUCUCAUCAUCAUCAUUGGAUUUGUGAAGAUUGGCCAAGGUGGUACAGAUGACCUACUUCCAGAAAAUUCCUUCCAAGGCUCUAAAUAUGAUUUUGGCAGUAUUGGUCUGGCAUUGUACAGUGGGCUAUUUGCUUAUGGUGGUUGGAAUUACCUAAAUUUUGUUACUGAAGAGAUGAUAGAGCCAUACAAAAACCUUCCACGUGCCAUAAUCAUCUCGUUGCCCAUAGUGACUAUUGUCUACGUUCUCACCAAUCUGGCCUAUUUCACCACUCUGACCCCAGAGCAGAUGCUCAACUCUAAGGCAGUGGCUGUGGACUUUGGGAACUGUUACCUUGGCCCAAUGUCCUGGAUAAUUCCAGUAUUUGUUGGGCUGUCCUGUUUUGGAUCUGUCAAUGGCUCUUUGUUCACCUCCUCCAGAUUGUUUUUUGUGGGGUCUCGUGAGGGUCACCUGCCCAGUCUGCUGUCCAUGAUUCACCCCACUCUGCUCACCCCUCUUCCUUCUCUUAUAUUCACUUGUUUGAUGACCCUUCUGUACGCUUUCUCUAAUGACAUCUACUCAGUGAUCAACUUCUUCAGCUUCUUCAACUGGCUCUGCAUUGCCCUGGCCAUUUUGGGAAUGAUGUGGUUGCGUUAUAAGAAGCCUGAGCUUGAACGUCCAAUUAAAGUGAACAUCCUAUUGCCGAUCUCCUUUGUGUUGGCUUGUCUGUUUCUCAUCAUUGUAUCAUUUUGGAAGACACCGGUUGAGUGUGCUAUCGGCUUUGGCAUCAUUGUCACUGGACUUCCUGUUUACUUUUUUGGCGUGUGGUGGAAGAACAAACCUAAGUGGCUGCUCAAUGCCAUCUUCUCUACUACAGCCAUGUGUCAGAAGGUGAUGGAGGUGGUCCCCCAGGAGUCCUAACUUGUGGAUAUUUUCCACUCCAAUGUCCCCUACAGUGACUGGAGGUCUGAAGUGACACUCAUGGCGCAUGACCUCAGUUCACCCUAAUGCUCUAACGCACGCUCACCCUGGUCUGCACAGUGCUGAUAAAAGAGGCAUCCAGUACUACACUCCUUUUAAUAAAAUAUUUAGUUUCUAAUUACUUUUUAGGUAUUUUUACAGUGCAGUUUUAUUGUAUUGAUAUUUUUUAGUGUACAUUUUGUGAAUAAGUUCUUGUGUAAAGACCUGUCUGCCCUGGCAGCCUGUUGUAUUUAUCAAGUUGUGCCUUAUGUGGCAAAUGAAGUUGAGCUGUAGCGGU